AGAAUUGAGAGACGGCAUUAGCAAAUGGCAAAUGCAUCGUAUCAGAAAAGUUUCGCGGUGGUUUUGGUCGAGAAUUCGUUUCUCCCGCUAUCUGCGUCCGUGUUGGCGAGGGUUCCAUGCAAAUCAAUGCUUUCACAAGAACAUUCAGACCUAUUUGAUGCGGUUCCACGCCUAAAACCAUCGCCAUUUUCAUCUCAACAGCAAAAAACCUUAACAAAAACCGAUUAAUUGAUUGUUGUUUUUCUGUGAUCAUUCCUUCACAUUUUGGUUUUUUCUCUACCAUUUUCCCCAAAUUGCACAAAUUCUCCAUCCGCACACGCAGGUGAAAGCGUUUGUGGUGAUGGAUGUCAUGUUGAUUUCUUAUGUCUUUCUUCUUGGGUAAGGAGAUGUGCCAAGUUAGCCAAUAGAGUGGUGGAGAUGAACAUUGCUGCUCUUUUAACUUCUGCUGGAGUUAAUAUUGCUGUGUGCGUGGUGCUCUUUUCACUCUAUUCAAUAUUAAGGAAACAACCCAACAAUGUUAAAGUGUACUUUGGAAGAAGGGUAGCCUCUCGACAUUCAAAAAGCCUUGGUCUUUGCUUGGAAAGAUUUGUUCCAUCUCCUACAUGGGUAAAGAAAGCCUGGGCAACAACUCAGGAUGAAAUGCUGAAUAUCGGUGGCUUGGAUGCUGUGGCUUUUAGUAGGUUGCUUGUGUUCAGUAUUCGAGUAUUUUCUGUCGUUGCAGUCAUUGGAACUUUUCUAGUGCUUCCAGUGAAUUACUAUGGUCAGAGUAGAACACGCAAGAAUUUACAUCUUGAGUCACUGGACGCUUUUACCAUUGAGAAUGUAAAGAAAGGAUCCACGUGGCUUUGGGCUCAUUGUCUCGCAUUAUACAUCAUAACAUUGACAACUUGUUCUCUUCUUUACAUAGAAUUUAGGAGCAUUACUAAUUUGCGGCUAGCACAUAUCACUGGAUCUCCACUGAAUCCAAGUCAUUUUGCAAUUCUUGUCCGAGCAAUACCCUGGUCUUCAAAAGUAUCAUACAGUGACACAGUAAAAAAGUUUUUCUCUUACUAUUAUGCAUCAACAUAUUUGUCACACCAAAUAGUGUACGACUCUGGUGCAGUUCAAAAACUGAAGGAUGAUGCAGAAUAUGCAUGUAAGAUGUUCAGCGGAAGUUUGGAACAGACUUGUAAGCCAAGCUUGGCGCAAUGUUACUUUUGUGGAGGGACCACAAAUUUUAAGCUAAUUUCUCAAGACAUAGAUAGUAUACAUGCAAGAACAGGCUACACUGACAUUCAUAUAGAUGCAAGAAAAAAGGAAUGCGCAGCUGCUUUUGUGUUCUUUAAAAGUCGGUAUGCUGCUCUUAUGGCUGCACAAAAUCUUCAAACAUCAAAUCCUAUGUUAUGGGUCACAGACCAAGCUCCUGAACCACAUGAUGUUUACUGGUCUAAACUGUGCAUACCAUAUAGGCAACUUUGGAUCCGUAAGAUAGCCACACUUGUGGCUUCUAUGACCUUCGUGCUUGUAUUUCUCAUCCCUGUCACAUUUGCACAAUGCUUGACUCAACUAGACAAGCUUGAGAAAAUGUUCCCUUUUCUGACUGGGAUACUUAAAAAGAAAUUUAUGAUUCAGCUGGUGACUGGUUACUUGCCAAGUGUGAUUUUGGUUUUGUUUUUAUUAGCUGUUCCACCAUUGAUGAUGCUAUUUUCAGCGGUGGAGGGGCCUAUUUCCCGUAGUGGAAGGAAAAGAAGUGCUUGCUGUAAAGUUUUGUUCUUCACAAUUUGGAAUGUGUUUUUCGUUAAUGUUUUUGCCGGGUCUGUAAUCAGCCAACUCUCAGUCUUUACUAAUAUAACAGAACUAACUGCCCAACUUGCCCAGGCAGUCCCGGUGCAGGCUGCCUUCUUCACAACAUAUGUUCUAUCAUCUGGUUGGGCAAGUUUGGCUUUUGAAAUUAUACAACCGUUUCCUCUUUUAUGCAAUUUGUUCCAGAGAUUGGUCUUCUGUUCCCAGGAGGAUUCAUAUAAUGGCAACCUAACUUUUCCAUACCAUACAGAAGUUCCAAGGAUCUUGCUGUUUGGAUUCCUUGGCUUCACCUGUUCUAUUCUGGCACCCCUCAUACUGCCCUUCUUAUUGUUUUACUUUUCCCUUGCAUACCUCGUUUACCGAAACCAGAUUAUCAAUGUAUAUAUUAAAAAAUAUGAUGGCGGGGGACACUUAUGGCCCAUUGCUCACAACACAACGAUUUUUUCAUUGGUCUUCUCUCAAGUUAUUGCACUUGGGGUGUUUGGACUGAAAGACUCAACAAUUGCAUCUGGAUUUACUAUUCCUCUCCUGAUUGGUACCAUUCUAUUUCACCAAUAUUGUAGGCAGAGAUUUCUUCCGGUAUUUAAGAACAAUGCAGCACAGGUUCUUAUUGAUUUGGAUCAGAGGGAUGAGCAUUGCGGGAGGCUAGAAGAGAUUUAUGAACAAUUGCAUUCAGCUUACUGCCAGUUCACGAGUUCUGGUCAAUCUGAAUGCUCCAGCCAUCAAAGCAGGGAGCAUAUUCAGACUCCAGAAGAAGAUUCAAAGACAGGCUUGGAAAUCAUCCAACAAGAUAUAUCAUGGCCACCUCAUCGUGUUUGAAUUGUUGGAAUGUAAUAGAGUUUUUAGGCUUGUACAUGUUAAUGAUGAAGAUAAUCCAUAUUGCGUAUAUCUGCGAAGAAAAUAGGAUUUGGACUCCUAGGAAAGUUUGGUUCAACAACAGAGUAUAUAUAUCUUUAUGCUAUUUGUCCUAUUUUCUGUAUAAUUGUACAUGAUAUUGAUAAGAUAGUAUGCAAAAGCUAAUAGAGUU